CAAGCCACACACCAAAAAGAAUCUCACUCCACUCCACUCCACUGCAAGCAACAAUACAAACAUCAUCCGAGCAUCCUAAGAUCGACCGGAGUCCUUCCUUCCUUACUUUCACGUAGCCGGCCAUGGAGAAGGCGGCGGAGAACGUUGACGCUGGCGCGGCGGCGCAGCUGCAGCUGAAGCUGUUCGGGUCGUGGGCGAGCUCGUACACGCACCGCGUGCAGCUGGCCAUGCGGCUCAAGGGGCUCGCCUUCGAGUACGCGGAGGAGGACCUCGGCAAUAAGAGCGACGCGCUGCUGCGCCUCAACCCCGUCUACAAGAAGGUCCCCGUGCUCGUCCACGACGGCCGCUCCCUCGCCGAGUCCGUCAUCAUCCUCCAGUACCUCGACGACGCCUUCCCGGCCUCCCGCCAGCUCCUCCCCGCCGACGCCUUCGACCGCGCCGUCGCUCGCUUCUGGUGCCACUUCGGCGACGACAAGCUUGGGCCGGCGGUGGGGGCGGUGUUCGCGUCCACGGGGGAGGAGCAGGAGGCGGCGGUGCGGCACGUGCACGAGAACCUGGUGCUGAUCGAGGCGGAGCUGCGGGAGGGGGCGUUCAAGGGCCGGCGCUUCUUCGGCGGCGACGAGGUCGGCUUCCUGGACGUCGUCCUGGGCUGCGGCUCCUACUGGCUGGCCGUCUUCGAGGAGGUCACCGGCGUGCAGCUGGUGGACGCCGAGGCGUUCCCGCUCUUCCACGCCUGGCUGCGCGACUUCGAGGCGCAGGACGAGGUGAGGGAGACCAUCCCCUCCAUCGACCGCCUGCUCGAGUACGCGCGCGGCCUCCGCCAGAUGCUGGUCGCCAUGGCCGCCGGCGCCGGCGCUGGCGCAGCCUCGGCCGACGCCCCCACCGCCGCUCCGCCCGCCGCGGCACCCCCGGCCGCCACCACGGCCGACAUCGCCGUGGACAUAUGAUAUGACCGCAGGCCGUGCACGCGCUGAACCUGUGGUUUGUGUCGGUCGGACGUCGUCGUCGUAGCUACUAGCUAGUAUAGUUUCCCGUGUUGUGCGGUGCCGAGCAUGUGGCGAGGCGCCAAGAAUUGCGCUGCUACCACUAUAGUUAGUGGCGCAGUCUGGCUAGGUGUCGUUGAUUUCUUUCUCUUCUCUUCCACUCUUUGUUAUGCGUUGUGUGUUUGUAACUGGGAAUCUUAUGCGUUUGCUUCCUA